AUGCCUGGUCGUAGGCGGGCAAAGAUCCCUCAAGAGCAAGCUCCAAAGACUGAGCCAUCACUUGCUGCUCCGCCAUCCUUCGGACAAUCCCAUCGAGGACUCGAGGAAGAAAUCGCAGACUAUCCUGAAGUCCAGCGUAACGAGUUCCUGACCACGAGAGCGAUCUACCCUGAUGAGUUUGAGAGGGUCCGUGGCAGGAAGGAUGCUUGGAAGACACAAGAAAACCUAGCCUUUAAAGUCAGAAUUGGACCUCUCGAGGAUCGCAACUACUUCGCCAAGUUGAUCUUUGAGUUCCCUCGCGAAUACCCCAAGGUCCUCCCUAAGAUCAAUAUCCUUGAGAUCCAACCAAAAGAUCCAGAGAUCAAACGGCAAGUCGAGCAGCUCAUAGCCACGAUUCCGCGUCAACAUCAGGGAAGUGAAUCUGUUUACGAGGUCAACGCCGCCAUUAUGGAUUUCUUGGAACAAACCAUCUCCGAUAAGGCGGCAAAGAAAACAGAACUCAGUCUUGAGGAGGAGCGUGCUGCUAGAGAAGCUCAAGCAAGGAAGCAGCUCGAAGAACAGGCCGAGAGCGAGCGAAGACGGCAAGCUCAAGAAGCUGAAAUGAAAGGAAAGCUUCUGGAGUCCCAGGUCGAAAGCGAGAAGCAACGCCGCCUAAAAACCACCCUUACUCGCAAGACCACGGCGGAAGAAAACGCCGAUCUCUACGAUGUCCCUGAAGAGCCUGUCCGAUUUGAUCAAUCAAUGACAUGUCGAGAUACGUCGACAACAGCCCCGUUCAAGUUCAAAUCGGUUGUCGGAAGAUCCGUCAUUCUCAAACGCAAAGACAAGAAGAUCACAAUCGUUGCGCCACGCGUCGAUACCGACCGUGUCCAAGCUCCACAGUUGCUCUUGAAAGAGAUAUACCUUCCUGAUACCAUCAGCGGCAAAGAAGGUGAACUACAAAAGUGCCUGGAAAAGGUCGAAGAGGCGUUGGAGUCUUCGAAGGAACAUCGUCACCCAAAUGUUGUCGAUCUCAUCAACUAUAAGAUCGAGCAUCUGGAAUCAAACGACGGCCCGGGCCAGUGGAGGCUUUCGAUUCUGUCCGAAUUUGCCAACAAAGGCUCUCUCGCAGCAUUAAUUGCCCUGGCUGGGCCACUCAGUGCUGCAAAAAUACGGUCAUGGACCCGACAAAUGGUGGACGCUCUACUGUUUUUCGAUCAACAAGGUUAUGUGCAUCCGGCACUGCAUGCUGGCAACGUCAUGUUGUUUCUAUCGCCAACAGGUGGCCUCACAGUUAAGCUCUCUGAUGGCUACGGAACUCAACUGAAAGACCUGGUCCAAGCUGCCGGUGAUCAGUCCACUCAACCCAAUACGGACCUCCCAUUGUGGAUUGCUCCGGAGCUCAACAGCAAGAACGUUAGACGGACCAACAAGACAUGUAUUUGGGAUCUCGGCGUGAUCAUCAUGCAGAUGGCGUUGGGCAAUCAGGUUAAGGAGAUGUAUACCUCACCGUCGAACGUGCUUGAAGGAGUCGACUUUGAAUCCAGUACCGAGAGAUUGAUGGAAGAACUUUUCCAAACAAACCCCAACAACCGUCCGACUGCCUUCGAGCUGAGUCGCAAGCAAUUCUUCUACGAGGAUCGAGAGGCUAUGUUUCGAAACCACUCUCCCAACAUGCCUAGCACACCGAACCGACGUAGACGGUACAGCGAAAAACAUGUCAAAUCGCGAUACAAGGAUGAGUGGGAAGAGUUAGAAAGAAUUGGCAAAGGUGGAUUCGGCAAAGUGUUCCGUGCACGACGGAAACUCGAUGGCCAAUACUACGCUGUGAAGAAGGUCGAGAGCAGUUCCACAAAGAUGCUGGAAGACAUUCUGCGUGAAGUCACCCUGCUCGCAAAGCUAAACCACCCUUAUAUCGUCAGAUAUUACAAUGCGUGGUAUGAGACUGAACACGACGAAGUGGAAGACAUGCAUCAACGCCUUAUCCCGGAGCGACCAUUACCACAUGCUGCAGCUCUCAGUACGGGCCACGACUUCAUGGAGCCAUCGGUCUACCGCAACCAGGGUGCAGAAUACAGCGACUCUGAGGGUGGGAUGUUUGAUUAUCAGGCACCACCUUCGAUUGACCAGCAAUACGGCUUUGAUGACGGAGACGAUCGCUUCAACGUCAGCGAGCUCGAGGCUGUGUUGGAAGAGAACGAAUUUACUGAUCCAUUCGCAUCAACAACUGCUGAUGACGGCGAUCUAGGUGCCGACCCUUUCGCCAGUGAUGAUUCCCCAGUUGUUCAAUCUAAUCGUCUCAUGACACCGUUCCGCUCGCGUUCACCACCUCAGAACGAACAGUCCAUAUUGUACAUACAGAUGGAAUUCUGCGACGGACAGAGUCUACGACAUCGCAUCGCACAAGGGCUGUCUGCAGAUGGGAUUGCAGUCUGGCGGUUAUUUCGACGCAUCGUCGAGGGUCUUGCGCAUCUCCAUAGUCACGGUGUUGUGCAUCGGGACCUCAAACCGGAAAACAUCUUUCUCGACUCUGAUGACACGCCCAAGAUCGGUGAUUUCGGACUUGCAACUGCUGGUCAAGCAACAUCCAAAUCACAUGUUUCCAAGCCAGGUAUGGUGAUCACGGAUUCUACCGGACUGGGCACACAAGGCUACACGGCCCCUGAGCUUUACAUUCGUGGAAGCCACUACGACAGUCGUGCAGACAUGUAUUCACUUGGAAUCAUGUUUCUCGAAAUGUGCUAUCCCUUUACCUCCGCCAUGGAGAAGGCCAAGAUUAUGGACGGGCUGAGAAGAGUGCCACCUGUUCUACCCGAAUUUUUCGAGGAGGAUGUCCAUCGUCGACAGGGUGAAAUCAUUCUCAAGCUUGUCGAUCCGGAUCAGAACCGAAGGCCGACCGCGAAAGAUCUCCUCGACAGCGGACUCAUCCCGGAACCGGUGGAAGAAGAAAAGUUGAAACGCUACAUUGACCAGGUUGCAGCAGAGAAUCCCGAGAAAUAUCAAGAGUGGGUCAGCAAUCUGUUUGCCAAACCGAACAACGCCGUAUCCAGCCUUGCUUGGGAGGACAAGACAGCGCAUGGCAUGUCGCCCGCGGAUUCUAUGCUGUGGAUCUAUGUCUGUGAUCAGCUCAAAAUCAUCUUCCGUCGACACGGCGCCGUCGAAGCUGGUAGACAAGGCAUCAUCCCGAAAGAGGACUUUUAUGCAAACGCUGCAAUGUUCCUCGAUCCGUCUGGCUUGGUCGUCCAAUUGCCCGUUGACCUCACUCUCCCCUUCGCACGCACUCUGGCACAAAAUCCCUGCCAAUUCACCAAGACCUACUGUUUCGGAGUCGUCUAUCGCGCCACUGUACCUGGCAAUGAGCCGAGACAGGUGCCCGAGGUGGAUUUCGACUUUGUUUCCCGUAGUGCGAGAGAUCUGUCUAUCAAAGAAGCCGAAGUGAUCAAGAUCCUAGAUGAAAUGCUCCAGGAAUUCCCUGCACUCGCUGUCCGCAACUGGACGAUCUAUCUCAAUCACGCGGACCUGAUCAACCUGAUCCUCGAUUUCUGCCGCAUCAAACCCGACGAAAUCUCCAAGGUGAAGCAGGCGCUCUCUCACCUCAACACCGGCACGACGACUUGGACCCAAGUCCGGGAGCAGCUCCGCAGCUCAGCCAUGAACAUCGCCGAGACGUCAGUGACGGACCUGUCGCGAUUCAAUUUCGACGGCGACUUGGAGAAGGUGCGCACCAAGCUGACCAAGCUCUUCGGCGACACGGACCACUUGAGCAAGGCGCUGCCUCUCUUGGCACGGCUCGACGAUGUCAUCCAGUUUCUCCGACGGAUGAACAUCCACACCAAGGUCCUGGUGGCGCCGCUGAGCAACAACUCCGACCACCUGUACCGGGGGAGCCUCCUGUUCCAAUGCAUGGAGAGCAACACCCGGAAGGUGCUCGCGGUGGGUGGGCGGUACGACGCGCUCAUCCAAGAAUACCAGACCAAGUCCGACAAGGGCUCCGUGCGGGCGGCGGGAUUCCGCCUCAACAUCAUGGACCUGGUCGGCUACGUUCGCGGCCAGGUCCAGCCGCACCCGCACGGCAAGUCGUCGAGACCCGCGGCGGCCGAUGCCAACAAACUCCUCACCAGGUGCGAUAUCCUGGUGACCUCUUUCGACGCGGCGACGUUGAAGACCUCGUGCGUUGAGGUCCUGUCGUCCCUGUGGGCGGCGGGCCUCAGCGCCGAGCUGUCCGAGGAGUUCCGCUCCCUUGAGGAGUUGGAGAUGGCAUCCCGCGACAACGUGGGUUACUGGCUGGUGAUCGUGAGGGGAGGGGCCGGCGAGCGUACCUUGAAGGUGCGCAGUCCCUCCCGCUCGGAGGACGAGGUCAAGGGGGCCGACCUGGUGGCGUUCCUGCGCCUGAAAAUGGCCAAGAGUAGGUAG